AUGUCACACAACAACAAGAAUAAUGAUGAUCAAGAUGACAAUACAAUAAAGAUUGUAAAAAGAAGAAAAAACAACAACAACAACAACAACAACAAACAAAAUAGUACAAAUAGUAGUAGACUUGCAAAAAAACAAACAAAAAUGAUAUCAUCAACAUCGAUAACUGCUGAUCGGUCAAAUAGUAACAAGAGAAAUAUUAAAGAUGAUGAUGAUGAUGACAAUCUUGAAGAAAAAGAUGAAUAUUCAUUACCAUGGUCAAUUAUUUGCAAGAUACUUGAACAACUUUGGAUUGAAUCAUCAGUGUGUACAUGUUACUAUAGUCACCAAUUAUUUGAAAGUACAAUGAGGAAUGAUCAAGUGGGUUGUUUUGAUCUCCUUCAAAUGUGGCCACUCUAUCAAUCAGUGUUGGAUGUACACAAAGAGUCAAGGAUGAAAUGUCCAAUGCACAGGUACCACUAUUUAAAUAGUGAUAAAUGUCAAUCAAUAUCAAUCUCUAUUGGUACUCCAUUUACAUCGACCAUCAAUGACAAGAACAAAUGGAGAUACCAACUUUUAAGUAUAUCUAAAAGAGUACACCAGUUAUUAUCAUCAUCAUCAUCGAAACACUUUGACAAUGUCAGUUUAAUACUUGGUCAAGAAGAUAUGUGGAAUCAUAUCGACAGCCAAUAUUGUCCAAUCAAGACACCCAAAAAACUUGAAUUGACUGCAUUCAAUCCAAGCUUGGAUUUUCCAAAUAGACGAAUCCCUUUGUUUAGUUGUGUUGAAAAGCUAUCGUUUCACGGCACCACAGGUGCACAACGCGAUGUCAAUACUCUAUAUAGUCUAUUUCAAGGUAUUACAUCGAUGACUAUAAACAACUAUGGGUUUAAAUCAUCGUUUAUACUGAAAUUCAAGAACCUCACGUCCAUCAACAUACAACGUAUUUCUCCACAUAGUAAUCGACAAGAGUUUUUAGAUGCACUCGUGACAACUGGGCAACGUCUGGUUAAGCUUUUACUUCCUGUUGAUUGGAUUCGCAGUUCAGUUACUCUCAACACCAACCUCGCAAGCACCAUUCAAUCGAGUAACAUUUAUCCACCAACCCAAAUGCCAAACUUGCGUACAUUCCAUCUCCCACCCGAUUAUAAUCAACAACUAUCAUUGUCGUUUAAUCACCCAACAGUCACUAAACUAGUAGUAGACAGCGUUGGUAUACCCAUCAUAAAAAAUCAACUUGCAAGUCUUGGAGUAAACAUUGAAAUAUUAAAAUUGACUUCAACUGAAUACUCGCAUAUAAUGAUGUUUUCAAAAGAGUGUCAACGUUUAAAUGUAAAGAAAUUAAUCAUUGGAACUACAUCGGAAAUAUAUGACGUUAUUUUAAAUCAUUUUAAAAGAGGUGGAUAUCAAUAUCGUGGAGCAUCAUUUCAAGGAUCUACAUCGGCCAGAAAACUAUGUUUUAUUAAAAUGUUAGAUGGACCAAAUGAAGAAGAAGAAGAAGAAGAAAUUGAAAUUAAAACAUUGACAGUUGCCGACGACGAUUCAAAUAGUAUAUCACCCAACUCUUCCUCCUCCUCCAACUCAACACUUCCAUUCUACUUGAUCGAAAAGAUUGCUAGAUACUCUUGGAAUAGUUAUUUGUGUAGUUGCGAGUUUGAAGGGUGUGAUAUUCUACCGGCCCGUCCAAACCUGACACAGAUUGAAGAGCCUGCUCGAUUAUUCCUCGAGGCAAAAUCAAAAUGUCCGACACACAAAGAUAGUGUCCCAAGCUUGGAAACUUAUUCAAGUGGAUAUCUACUCUAUAGAAUCAAUCAACGUCGAUUUGGAAUACCAAUGUCAUGCAAGAGACUAUUUACAUUUGUUUCAAAACAUUUGAUCAAACGAGUUGCGUAUCACGACAUUUUGACUGGUAUAGCAACCUAUCACCAACACUUUUCAAAUCCAUAUUGUUUGGUUGGAAAAUCAAUUGAAAAGCUCACCAUUGAAAUCCCCAACAACAAUGAUGCCAUCAAUGUCCAAAGAUUCAACCAUCUCAACAGGGAAAGAUUGAUUGAUAAUACACGCCAACGUUGGCGAUUCAUCGAUAUCGAUCAUUACUCUAAAUUACAAAGUUUACUGUUACUACCUUCAAGUAACAUGUACACCUUUGGUACUUUGAAUUAUGCAGAUGAGUUGUUUCAAUCUAUUGUUGGUCGUUUACAUCAGUCUCUAACAUCAUUAGAUAUAUCAGAGUGGAGGUUAGAUGUACAAGGUUCAAAAGCAAUAGAAAUGUUAAAGAACAUACCUCUACGUAAAUUAUAUUAUCUAGAUAUUGAAAAUCAAUUUCUAUUCCCAAGCGAUGGUAAUAAUGACGGAGACGAUGGUGGUGGAGAACCAAAAGGAUGGCCAUUAUCACAAUCAUUAGAAUCAGUAUCAAUCAACUCGUUAAGUGUCAUUCCAAAAUUGGGAAACCUCCCAAAACUAAGACACCUUAGAAUCAUUUUAAAUUAUCCGAGUAGUUAUCUACAACCUCCUCUGUCGGAUGAACAAUUCAAAUUAACUCUUCCCUCAAAAAUUACCAAACUGUCAUUUACAGAUCCCAACAUUGCUAAAAUCAGUAAACAUAAUACACAAGUAACUGAAUUGGUUGUACUCCAAAGAUAG